CUUAGGUUAGGCGGUUUCUUUUUUUUGAAGGUGAAUUGAACACGUACCAAUGGUUAAUGCAUUUUGCAUUCACCAAUGGAUCUGUUCGAACACUUGGGUAACACAUGAUACAGAUGGACUCCUUCUGCCCUCUACCCUCUGCUCCCCGUCUUAGUGGUAGGCCGGUAGCCAUGACCGGUCGGGGUCGAGGGGUUCAGAGAUCAAUUGGUAGUUGAGGAUGGUUUCGAGCAAGGCAGUGCAAUGUUGGUUGAAUGUCCGAUGAUCAGCAGCAGGGGUUCUCAUUGUGAUUGUUUGGUUCAUGCUCCAGGGUUUUCCACAAGCCUGGGGGUAGAGGGCAGGAGGUACAUAUAUCAAAUGUCUUUCGUGUUUCUUCCCUGUAUCCCUCAAACAAUCAAUUGGUUAACACUGCUCGACUUCGAAACAAGGCAGUGAAUCAACGACACCAACAAGAAGAGCAACAUAACAGCCGCAAGCACAACAUCAGCAACAACCAAGCAACACUUACAUAGUUUGGUCAGCCAGACCAAGCAGACACAUCCCCACUGCAUUUGCUUGCUCACUGCUUCACGCCCCUUCAGGGCAAUCACAACACUACCACUACCGACAACACAUCGACGAACACCACCAGAACCACAACAAACAUACCAUCAUCAAAAUGGCUCAUGGACAACAACAACAAGGACUUAUCGGCCCCCCUUGCCCAGUCAACCUGGCCGGACCGCCUCAAGGGCUCACAGCACGAGAGGCAAAGGCAGACCUCGCAAUAAUCCUAGGAGAGAAGCAAAUCUCCCCACGCCGCCAGACAGACAUGCUGUACCAGGCUAUUCACUCACCUGCACCUGGGACGGAUGGCAGAUUCCCCAACAACUUCCCGGAAUCAAAUGUCCGGGGAGCACCAGAAUCAGAAUCGUCCGGGAGCACGCCGGCGUCCUCAUUGGCAAGCCUAUCCCCGCAGAUGAGAUACGAGGAGCGUGCCGAUCAGAUCACCACUCUGCUGAAAGAGAUGAAUCUGGUGGCCUCUCCCAAGGCAUCGAUCUUCGCCAAUGCUCCCAAAUCUCAAUUGGCACAUCGGACUGACGACGACAAGGACACAGAGUUCGUCCGGCAAUAUAUCAAGCGGUGGAUGAAGGAUGAAUCAUGUCCUCGGAACGUGGAGGAUACGAGGCAGCUGAUUGAGGACCUCACUGUGCAGUUGCACUUCCUGGGAACCAGAUUUCGCGGGCAUUGAAGAGGGAGGAGAAGGAGUUGAACGGAUUCCAGCCUUAGCUGAGGCAGUGAAGGAACGAGGAGUGGAAUAGAUUGACAUGUUGGACCAGACAAUAUUGCUGAAGGAAAGAGGGGGUCUGAGAUGUCCAACUUUGGUUUGGUAACGCUUUGAAGGAUUAUCGUCAUCAGGCUAGGCUGAAUGAGCCGUACGUACUAGCAUCAUCUGAACAGUGAGCGGAACGCAAAAGAUGAAUGGUGA